AUGACAUCGCUUGCAAUCAACCACAUCAGCAUUCCUCGACUCACACUAUCACAUCCAUCAGGGACAAGUGUCAAGAGAUGGACAACUUUCGGAGUGUCUAUAUUUGUCAUGGCAACUGCUGGGAGCAUGUUUGCAUUCUCGAGCAUCUCAGAAGGACUACGUGUACGUUUCAAUUACGAUGCUACACAACUCAAUUUGGUGUCUGCUUUGGGAAACGCUGCUCUUUACGUCACGAUGAUUGUAUCUGGACCGUUUUAUGAUACGUUUGGGGCGUCAUGGACGAUGCUAGUCGGUGGUCUUAUCUAUGGAUUUGGAUACCUAUUCAUGUAUUUGACGUAUAUUGGGCUUAUUGAAGACUCGUCGGUAACGCUCGUAGCCAUUUACUACUUUUUGGCUGGCUUUGGAUCGACUACUGCUUAUAUGGCUUCUAUGGGCAAGCCCCAUCCAGGUAUAAACGUCAUGAACUUUCCACCAAAACAAAUGGGGUUGGUGACUGGAAUUCUGCUCCUAUUUUAUGGAUUGAGUGCCACAUUCUACUCUCAACUGUACUCGACAAACUUGAUGGACACUGGAAGUUUCUUGCUUUUCUUGACAGUCAGCAGUGUUAUCGUAAACACAAUCGCAGCAUGUUUAGUAUUCAAGGCUCCACCAGUAGCUGCAACAAAACUUGCUGAAGCCAUACCACCAUCAGAAUCAGAAGCAUCUCCAUCACUUUUGCCAUUACCUUCUACACCAUGGUCAUCGAGCACCGCAUCCUCUCCACCUGUGUAUACCCUUGAAACGUCAUCGACCAGAACUAGUCCUAAACGCACUCCAACUCGAAUAGCAGGUGCAGUUCCAAGUAUGGGAUUUGUACAAGAUCAACGAGUGGUGGAUGAAUUGGACUUGUCCGAUGAGUAUGAAAUGAUUAGUCGUGCAGAUGAUGGAGAUGCUAUUGGUGUUCAGGAUCACGAGAAGAGCAUGUCUAUUGAGAGCGAAGGACCAUGGACUUCUAAUAUUAAUACGUAUGCACCUGAGGAAGAAGAGGAAGCUAGUUUGACGCCUUUUCAGAUGUUAAAUUCUCUAACCUUCUUCCUUUUUGCUAUUGCUUACAUUUGGCAACAAGGAUUAACAUACUUUUCGAACAUAUCUACGAUCGUCACUUCCUUGAUGGGAGCUGAUGUAGAUCCUGCAACUCUGAACAGAAUGAUAUCCACACAUAUUACCAUUUUAUCUGUCUUCAACUCUGCAGGUCGUUUCGCCUUUGGAUUGUUUUACGAUAUCGUGUCUGCUCGAUUUCCAAGAGUUGAUCGUUCCAUCUUACUUAUUGUUGUGGAAAUUCUCUUGUUGGUACCCAUGACCAUGCUGGGAUGGGGUGAUAUUUCAAGUCAAGGAUUGUACAUGUGCUCGAUUUUGAUUGGUCUUGGAUUCGGAGCUGGUGGAUCUCUGUUUCCUCCAUUGACUCGAGACUUUUUUGGGGUCAAGUACUAUGGUACUGCAUGUGGUCUAGUAAUGGUGGCAGUUCCAGCCGGCAUCUUUGUCAGCAAUCUCGUGUUUGGACACUUCUACGAUUUGGAACUACGCUCUCAGCGACAAUCAUCACCACCUUCUACUACUUCAGUAUGCUAUGGGGAAUCGUGCAUCAAACUGGCUUUUGGUGUACAAGCUGCUAUUCAACUGAUACCCUUGGUCAUGUCAAUCGCUCUGUAUGCGUUUCGAACAUGGCGUAAGAAUGUUACUGGUGCUAGUAAAGGGCGUUGA